ACACCCCAGAUAAAAGUCGUCAAAGUCUGGGGGCCGCAGCCGAGCGAGAAGCAAAACAAGAGGAUUUCUCCCAAACACGGACACUUUUCCUUCUCGCCCCUCGGUCGUCAGAGAAUUGCAGACGCAGGACAAAGCUUCGGUUAGAGGAUUCCGAGCCUUCGAGAGGAAUUUAGGAUUCAUUCUCGACUGGCGGGCUCGGCUUUCGUCGCAGUCGUAUGACCUGCCAAAUCGCGAGCUCCUAAGAUGGCAGGCCUUGGACCUCGUCCACCUCGGUCGGGGUCUGGUUUGGGCCGCUGUUCCAUAGGGGCCGAGUCGUCAGUUUUGAGCAGCAGUAACUCCACAGACCCAAACCGCGAGCUUUUCGAUGCGUGCAGGUCAGGUGACUUGGUGCGGGUCAAGAGGUUGGUGACCCCGCACACGGUCAACGCCAGGGACAAUGCUGGCAGGAAGUCGACUCCUCUGCACUUUGCUGCGGGUUACGGGAGAAGAGAGGUUGUCGAAUUUUUGCUUGCCGCUGGAGCAUCCAUUCAGGCCAGAGACGACGGUGGCCUUCACCCUCUGCACAAUGCCUGCUCAUUUGGCCAUGCAGACGUGGUGAGACUCUUACUGCACGCAGGAGCCUGUCCCAACACCAGGGACAAUUGGAACUACACCCCUUUACACGAAGCUGCCAUCAAAGGAAAAGUUGACGUUUGCAUUGCUCUUCUUCAGCAUGGCGCUGAUCCUAGCAUUCGCAACUCUGAGGCGAAAACUGCUCUAGAUCUGGCAGAAGGUUCAACCAGAGCUGUUUUAACUGGCGAAUACCGCAAAGAAGAACUGCUGGAGGCGGCCAGGGCGGGAGGCGAAGAUAAACUAAAUGUUUUGUUAAAUCCGUUGAACGUGAAUUGUCACGCAAGUGACGGAAGGCGGUCGACGCCAUUGCACCUUGCUGCGGGAUACAACAGAGCCAGGGUUGUGCAGUUGCUUUUGCAGCACGGGGCAGACGUGCAUGCCAAGGAUAAAGGGGGAUUGGUCCCGUUACACAAUGCUUGCAGCUACGGUCACUUUGAAGUGACAGAACUUUUGAUCAAGCACGGAGCAAACGUGAACGCAAUGGACCUCUGGCAGUUUACUCCUUUACAUGAGGCUGCCUCAAAGGCCAGGGUGGAAGUAUGUUCCCUACUUCUGAGUGAAGGCGCUGAUCCUACACUUCUCAACUGCCAUUCCAAAUCUGCAAUCGAUGUAGCUCCAAACAGAGAGCUGCAGGAAAGACUGACUUAUGAAUACAAAGGCCACUGUUUAUUGGAGGCUUGUCGACAAGCAGAUCCUGUCAAAGUGAAGAAAUUUUUAUCUCAGGAAGUAGUCGAUUUUAAGCACCCCUUUAAUGGUGAUACUCCCCUGCAUUGUGCAGCUGCAGCACCUUACCCAAAGAGGCGCCAAAUUAUCGACUCUUUGGUUAGGAAGGGUGCGAUGUUGAAUGAAAAGAACAAGGAAUCUCUUGCCCCUCUGCAUAUAGCAUCAGAUUGUUCUCACUUGGACGUCGUUGAAGCUCUCCUUCGACACGGAGCUAAAGUCAACGUCCUUGAUGCCAAUGGGGAAACAGCACUGCACAGGUGCGCAAGAGACGACAACGUGCAAGCUUGCCGAAUUUUGUUAUCCUACAGUGUUGACACCACGAUAGCUUCCCUCCAAGGUUACACAGCAGCACAGCUUGCCACCGAAAAUGUUUUGAAAAUACUCCAAGAUCCACCAGCAGGAAGUUUGGAUGUCGAAGGUCAACUGCUUGAGGCUGCCAAGGCUGGCGAUCAAGAACAAGUGAAGCGAUUACUUUCUAGCUUUCCGCACAUCGUCAACUGCAGAGAUGUGGAUGGAAGACACUCAACCCCUUUGCACUUUGCGGCUGGUUACAACAGAAUUUCUGUAGUUGACUACCUCUUGACUCAUGGAGCAGAUGUACACGCGAAAGACAAAGGAGGGCUGGUACCACUGCAUAACGCGUGUAGCUAUGGUCAUUUUGAAGUCACUGAACUUCUCGUAAAGCACGGCGCUAGUGUAAAUGUCGCGGAUUUAUGGAAGUUCACUCCACUGCAUGAAGCCGCUGCCAAGGGCAAGUUUGAAAUCGUGAAAUUGCUACUGAAGCACGGGGCUGAUGUGACAAAGAAAAAUCGAGAUGGAGCGACGCCUCUAGAUUUGGUCCGUGAUUCGGACGUCGAGGUGGCUGACUUGCUCAGGGGAAAUGCAGCGCUACUGGACGCUGCCAAGAAAGGAAAUCUCGCACGGGUACAGAGGUUACUCACUUCAGAAAACAUCAACUGCAGAGAUGCACAGGGCCGCAACUCGACUCCGCUGCAUCUAGCAGCUGGAUACAACAACAUGGAGGUUGCCGAGUAUCUGCUCGAGCAGGGCGCAGACGUAAAUGCUCAAGACAAGGGAGGACUGAUCCCUCUUCACAACGCCUCCUCUUACGGCCACCUCGACAUUGCUGCACUUCUCAUCAAAUAUAACACAGUUGUGAACGCGACUGACAAGUGGGGAUUCACUCCUCUGCACGAGGCAGCGCAGAAGGGAAGAACACAACUUUGUGCUUUACUGUUGGCACAUGGCGCUGAUCCGUUCCUGAAGAACCAGGAAGGCCAAACUCCGCUUCAGCUUGCCACUGCUGAGGACGUGAGAUGUUUGUUGCAGGACGCCAUGGUCUCCAGCAAUAUGAGCUCAGGUGGACAAACAUCAUUGUCUACCUCGCCUCAGGCUGCAACCACUUCGUUGUCGCUUCCCUUACCCCCUCCGCCUCAGUUGAGCGAGACAGUCAUCCUACCAUCAGGAGCUUGUCUAACCCUAGGCAUCCCUGUUGCCUCGCGUUGUGAUUCACCUGGCUUUUUGCCUGGCGAUGGAUGCUGUGAUGACUCCAAAUCAGAAGCGGAUCAAGCUGCUGGUAGUGAGAAGUUGGCUUCUGUGAAAGCCUUUUUGGAAAGUCUGGCACUGGACCACCUGAUGGAGCUGUUUGAAAGGGAGCAAAUAUCCCUUGAUAUUUUGGCUGAAAUGGGUCAUGAAGAUCUCAAGCAAGUUGGCGUGUCUGCUUACGGCCACCGGCACAAACUAAUUAAAGGCAUUGAGAAGCACUACUCCACCUCCACCGCCUGGGGACCAACACCAUCUCUCUCACUGGGCACAUUUUUGGUCGACCUGGUUUCUGAAGACCGAGAGUAUUUGGCUGUAGAGGAAGAAAUGCAGUCGACUAUUAGAGAGCAUCGGGACAACGGCCACUCUGGUGGAGUGUUUCUGCGAUAUAACAUCAUACAUAUCCAAAAAGUGCAGAACAGAAAGUUAUGGGAAAGAUAUUCACACCGGCGGAAAGAAGUGGCCGAAGAAAAUGGCAGCCAGUCCAACGAGCGAAUGCUGUUCCACGGAUCUCCUUUCAUAAACGCUAUAGUGCAAAAAGGCUUUGAUGAAAGACACGCCUACAUUGGAGGAAUGUUUGGAGCCGGAAUAUACUUCGCCGAAAACUCGUCUAAAAGUAAUCAGUACGUGUAUGGCAUUGGUGGAGGCACCGGAUGCCCACAGCAUAAAGACAGAUCGUGUUAUUCUUGCCACAGACACCUUUUGCUAUGCAGAGUGACCUUAGGCAAGAGUUUCUUGCAGUUUUCUGCAAUGAAAAUGGCGCAUGCACCACCAGGCCACCACUCGGUCAUGGGUCGACCAAGCGCUGGUGGUCUCAAUUUCCCAGAAUACGUUGUUUACCGAGGAGAGCAGGCGUACCCAGAAUACUUGAUUACCUACCAGAUAGUAAAACCUGAGCCUGAAGACACAAAUGAUGUUGAUCUACGGUGAUAAUUCCUCUAAACGACCACUCAAUCGUUUCUGUCAAUCACGAACUGUCUCCUCUCUUGGUAACACUAGGUGGCUUGAGCUAUUUUAUCUCUGUGAUUUUCUUUUGUUGCAAGUUUUUAGAUAUCUCACCGUGAAUUUCCAUAUUACUACAUUUUGUAAGCAUUAAUAAGUCUAGUGUCAGAUGAGAAUAUAAAUAAACAUGAAGCACAUUAAGUAGUUAUCUUAUUCAUA